AAAGGCAUCCUCCUUCCCACCCCAAACCGAAAAGCUUCCACUUCCAGCUCCAGCUGCAGCGGGGCAUCACCAGUUCACCACCACGCUUUGACCUCCAUCCAGCCCAUUGCCCAAUCCCCCAAGCAUCCAUCCCCCACCUCCCCUCCCCUAUAAAAUCUCCUCUGCCUCCGAUUCGCCACCUAAAGGAGGCGCCUUUCCCCAAAUCCACCGCCGAGAAAGGGAGGACCCGCUCCUCGGACGGUGUUCCCGUUCCGGCCAGUCUACUCUACUCUAGUCUGCUCUUUCUUGCGGCCGCGAUGGAGGGCAGGGCCGGCGGUGGUAGGGACUACAUUGCCAGCCUGCUGAGCUCGGCGCCGAGGCUCGACUUCGGCGCGCUCGGAGCCGUGCCGGCGAUGCUCGACAGCGCCGCGGCGGGGGCCGACGGCGGGGAGGACUGUCUCGAGAGGUUCUGCGGCGACCCGGGGUUCGCGGAGCGCGCGGCGCGGCUGUCCAGCUUCAGCGGGCAGCGCUUCGCCGGCGCCGCCGCGGCCGCCGCGGGGCUCUUCGGGCUGCCGCCGCCGGCGCCCGCCGCGAGCAACGGCGAGUUCGCCGGCUCCCGGGAGGCGUCGUCGGUGUCUGACCCGGCGUCAGCCAUGAGGGACGCCAAUGCCAAGAAGAGGAAGGCGCCCGCGGCGGCCAAAGGCAAGGGCAAGGAGGCCUCUGCCCAGGCUGGGGAGCAGAAGGAUCCGGAUGCCAAGAGGUGCAAGACGGAGGGCGCCGAGGGGAAGGAUGAGAGCCCCGUGAAGCCCAAGCCGGAGCAGGCCGGGAGCGACAGCUCCGUUGAGGACGGCGGCGGGCAGAAGCCGGGGAAGGGGAAGAAUGCCAAGCCGGUGGAGCCCCCCAAGGACUACGUCCAUGUCCGGGCCAGGAGAGGGCAGGCCACUGACAGCCACAGCCUCGCAGAGAGGGUGAGAAGAGAGAGGAUCAGCCAGAGGAUGAAGGUUCUCCAGGACCUGGUGCCAGGAUGCAACAAGGUGAUUGGCAAGGCACUCAUGCUUGAUGAAAUCAUAAACUACGUGCAAUCGCUGCAACGGCAAGUCGAGUUCCUCUCGAUGAAGCUCGCAACUGUGAAUCCACUUGACUUCAGUAACCUGCCUACCCUCCUGCAAAAAGAUAUCUUCCAAGCCUGUGGCCCUUCAGCGAGUUCAGUCUUCUCCCUGGAAAGCUCCAGCUCAGGUUUUCCAUUCAGCGAUCAAGGAGACGUCUUCCAGUCGUUUGUUCCGAACGGGUUGGAGAACCAGUGCGGCCUGAACCCGCUGGACCUGGCUCUGUCUCAGGCGACCAACGCGCAGUACGCGUUUCAGGAUGGAACUGCCAGCACAAACUUGCAGCAAAGGAACUUCUGGGAGGAGGAUCUGCAGAGCGUUUUCCACAUCGACAACGGGCAGAGCCAGGAGAAUGGCGUCUCAGCACAGAGCUUUCACGGUCAAUUACAAGCGGGGCACAUGAAGAUGGAGUUCUAAUCAGGGUAGAGACGCCCACCGACCAGCCCCCGAGGGAAUGAUUUGUACAUAGCAGAAAAACCUAAGUACAACAUCAGUGGCAGCAGCGGCGACGAGUGAAGCUCUGAAUCUAACAGUCUGUGUAGUGUGUAGGCCCUUGAAGACGAAUCCCUUUGCCAUCAUCCUUCCUGGCGCUGUAAUUCUUUUUCAUAUUUUCCCCGCGAUUAGUAUUCUCAAGAUAGCAGUAACAGCCAUCAUCUGAUAGUUUAAUUAAUUUGUGUAUAAGAAGAAUACUCCUAUGGUGCAGAACAUCAUUACAUUACUGGCACCAGGUUCCUAA